UACCAUCGUUAUGUAUUAUAAAAUUAAGUAUGAAUUUAAAACGCGACAACUAACGCGAUCACCAGCGUAGAACGUCGAAUUAAAAGAGAUUCGUGAUUCUGGUUCGAGCGAUUUAGGACGAUUGAAGCGAAUUUUUUCAGCGUAGUUUGUACGUCCGAUUUCUCAAAAUAGUUUGUAUGCCAUUAAAUGUUACACCAUAAGAGGCGAACAACUGCAUUUUCACUUAUGUUCAGUCCGAUUGAAAUUUUCUUUCUCUUGGCAUGUUGAGAAGACUUGUACCAAAUGCUCGUUCCAAUUUCGAGAAUUCAAUAUUACGAAUUAUUAGAUGCCCACAGUCGUACGCGAUUGUGAAUUUGUGAAAAAUUUUCCAGAAUUACUCGUCGUUCGAUAAAAACUUUGAUCGUAAUCGUUGCGAUCGACUAAAUAUUUCACUGAUACGAUUGUUACUUCUCCCUUCGUAAUUCACCGAGAAAUUUGAAAACAAAUGGAAUUCGCUUGUACACGGAGGGCCAAGAGGAUAUUCGAAAAAGUAAUAACCGAAGUAAAACCGUUAAAUGCGUGCCGUAUAAUCUUCCCAAGCAACAGAGUACAACAGAGCCUGGGAAAAUGGCUAAUAAAUUAGAAAUGAUCGAGUGUCCUUUGAGAAAGUGAAGACUGCCAAUGGUGUUAUUAACCUCACGGAAAAGGAAGGAAAUAUUUCAGAGAGCGCCACGUGCAAAUUAAUGAAACACGUCACCGUUACAUUUAACGUAUACAAGAAGAACACCCGAAAUUCUUUUUCGAACGCGAAGUUUAAAUGUUAACUAUGUGAACAUUCUUUCUUCGAACAAAUCAAGAAGUUUCCAUAAUGAUCGAAAUCCUAACCUGACUUUCUCUAUUUUGAACAAGUGCACAGUGUGAAAUAUGAUGUCCAAUGGUAUUCGGAUUUCUACCAAGGAAAUUGGAGGAAGAUCAAUGUCGCUUAAUACAACGUGUUCACCCAAACCGUCAUCGACACUGAACUCUCCAUUGAUGAAGUUAUCUUCCUACUUUCUAGCUGUACGACCAUGGUCGUUAAGCGCUUCGUUAAUGCCAACGCUUCUUGGAUCUGUGCUCGCGUAUCGAUUGAUAGGGUUGACAAAUUUUAGUUGGAUAUCUUUUGUUCUUACUUUGUAUACAGUGUUUUGCGUACAUGGAGCUGGUAAUGUAGUGAAUACUUUUUUCGAUUACAUAAAAGGGGUGGACAGUCGAAAAAGCGACGAUAGAAUAUUAGUGGAUCAAAUUUUAUCGAAAGAUGAAUUAGUUUCAUUGGGUGCAUUAUUGUAUGCAAUAGGAUGUUUGGGUUUCGUUUUAUUAACUAUUAUAUCACCUGCAAAAAUGGAGCAUCUAGCUCUUGUAUACUUUGGUGGUUUAUCUUUCUCAUUUCUUUAUACGGGAGGUAUAGGAUUCAAGUACAUUGCGUUAGGCGAUGUUCUCAUCUUAGUUAUAUUUGGCCCAAUUUCUGUUCUUUUCGCGUUCAUGGCUCAGACUGGUUACUUCGAAUUAGGGACAAUAUACUAUGCUAUACCUCUUGCAUUAAACACAGAGGCCAUUUUACAUAGUAAUAACACUCGAGAUCUGGAGAGCGACAAAAAGGCAGGAAUAGUAACACUAGCCAUAUUAAUAGGUCACACUGUAUCUCAUGUUUUAUAUGCUUUUUUAUUAUUCACACCGUACGUAACUUUCGUGGUGCUUGCACUAAGAUAUUCGGUUUGGUUUCUUCUACCAGUCGUUACUCUACCAACUGCCUUUAAGAUAGAAAAACAAUUUCGAAGUCCUCACAUGAUUCAGAGUGUGCCUAAACAAACAGCUAAAUUAAAUAUGUUUUUGGGCAUUUUGUAUGUUGUUGCAUGUUUACUUGUGGAUCCUCUUCCUUACGUGUAAUAUAAAUAUAUCUUGUGUCAAUGUUUGACAGAAAGUUUUUAUAGUUCAAUCAAUUCUAUAGGCAGCUGAUAAACCAAUCCACUGCAUACUUUCAAAUAAAAUUCUCUUGCUAUUAAAUUGAUUGUUACGGAUCAUCUAAUAUGCGACUGUGAGACUGUUCAAAUUUACUUUUUAUAAUCUAUAAUUUAUUUAUCUGUCUGGUGUAAACAUUGUUAUUGUACAUUACAGAAUUUGUUUCUCAUUUAGUGUAUCAUACAAUCAAGUUUUCCUAAUAUAAUACACAUUUAGAUACAACUUUUCAGCGACGCGAUGAUCCUUCAUAUGUACAAAGUGCCUGCAUUAUUUAGAAUCUGAAUUUGUACUUGUAUUUCUUUGAUAUGUCUAAUAAGCAUAAUAUUUUUGCACCUAACAUUAGGUGUAAACAAAUGUGAAUUUUAAACGUAUACUUAUUUAAAUAUGUUUACAUAUAAUUUAUCUCAUUGUUUAGAAUUUUAAGUAGCAUUACUCAUACGAAACUGUAUGCAUAUCCUAAAAUGUUUUGUAAUUUUGAAAACAUAAUACAACUUGAACACUGAAGUUUUUACAUUUUAUAGAUUGAUAAAUUUACAAAAUAAGACAAUAAGUUUCGAUGCCGUACUAUUAAUCGUGCAGUGGAGUACUGCUUCGUCGUUCUAUAAUGCAGAUGAGAAACGAUGCUGUGACUGUUAGAAGAAGUUAUUGAUUUAGCUCUGUCUAUAAUAGUCAACUUGUACCAUGUACCAUGUUUUCUAAAAAUACACUAUGCAAUUACAUUAAAGGAUAAUUAUACAAAAAUAGUAAACAAGAGGUGAUGAGAAUCAAUGUUCGUGUUUUAUUUAUUAUGUAUAAAAAGAUGUAUUUUAUUUGUAAAUGCAAAAUCACUUGAAUUAAAAUAUUCGUAACACGACAGAAGUAAUCUAUGUAAAAUGUAAUGUAAUUAUUUAUGUUUAAAUGCAGAUACUUAAUUAAUAUCGAUCACUUUUAUCGCAGACUUAUAGAGUAUUUAGUCUCGAUAAAAAAACCAAGAAUGGAAAAGGAGAAAUAAGUUUUAUAGUAAUCAUUUAAUAAAUGACUUUU